AUGCUCACGAAGAGCAGCCUGCUGCUGCUCUUCUGCUUUCUCCUCGACCAGGGAGUCCCCCGCCUUCCAGUCCCAGAGAAUGGGCGGGGACCGUCUGGGUCAGACAGCACUCGACACAGAGGAGGAGCUGGACUAAGAGGUAGGGCAGGAUGGAGGAUGCAGAAGGGCUCGGGGGUUCAGAGGGUGAAGAGAGGAUGGGUGUGGAACCAGUUCUUUGUUCUGGAGGAAUACAUGGGCUCUGAACCACAGUACAUUGGCAAGCUCCACACGGACCUGGACAGGGGGGACAGUGAGGUGAAGUACACUCUGUCAGGAGAGGGAGCUGGCUCCAUCUUCACCAUAGACCAGACCACAGGAGACAUCCACGCUCUGGUGGGUCUGGACCGGGAGGAGAAGUCCUACUACACUCUCCGAGCCCAGGCUGUGGACCUGCUCUCUGGCAGACCAUUGGAGCCGGAGUCAGAGUUUAUCAUCAAGGUCCAGGACAUAAACGACAGUGAGCCCCGGUUCCUUGAGGGCCCCUAUACAGCCAACGUCCCUGAGAUGUCUCCUGCAGGGACGUAUGUAACCCAGGUGACAGCCACAGAUGCAGAUGACCCCACCUAUGGGAACAGCGCUAAGAUCGUCUACAGCAUCCUGCAGGGACAGCCUUACUUCUCUGUGGACUCAAAAACGGGAGUGAUCAGGACAGCCCUGCCCAACAUGGACAGAGAGGUGAGGGAGGUGUACCAGGUGUUGCUUCAGGCCAAGGACAUGGGUGGUCAGCUCGGGGGUCUGGCUGGGACCACCACCAUCAACAUCACCCUCAGCGACGUCAAUGACAACCCACCAAGGUUUUCCAAAAGUAUUUUUCACCUGCGCAUCCCAGAGUCCUCAACCGUGGGGUCAGCGGUGGGGCGGAUCCGAGCUCAUGACCUGGACGCAGGAAGGAACGCCUUGGUGGAAUACUCUAUUGUGCCUGGAGACGAGGGGAACAUGUUUGACAUCACAUCCAACGGACACAGUCAGGAAGGGAUCAUAGUCCUCAAGAAGACUCUGGACUAUGAGGCCAAGAAGUCCUACACCUUCAAGGUGGAGGGAUCCAAUGACCACCUGAACCCUCGCUACCUCCACCUCGGCCCCUUCAAGGACACCGCCACAGUGAAGGUUACCGUGCUGGACGUAGACGAGCCCCCUGUGUUCACCAAGACCUCCUACAGCAUAGACGUGUACGAGGACACGCCCCCGGAGACUAUCAUUGGCUCGGUGACCGCCCAGGAUCUGGACGCCAGUAGUAGCGCCGUGAGGUACUCCAUUGAGUGGCAGCGAGAUUCUGACAGUGGCUUUGACAUUGACACUGUGGAGGGAACCAUCUUUACCAUUGACCUACUGGACAGAGAGAGUGUCACCCAGCACAACAUAACUGUGGUGGCCACUAAAGUUAACAACCCUCUCUUGACCACCAAGGUGACGGUCACUGUCAAUGUGCUGGAUGUCAACGAGUUCCCUCCUGAAUUGGCCAUACCCUUCGACACCUUUGUCUGUGAAAACACCCAAGUAGGGCAGGUGAUCCAGAUCAUCAAAGCCAUGGACAAGGACCUGCCUCCGGUUGGACAGAGGUUCUUUUUCAAGUCCCUUCGAGAGACGAGGAACAGGAACUUCACAAUUCGAGACUUCGGAAACAACACGGCCGGCGUGGUGACGCGCCGUGCGGGCUUCCAGAGGCGUGUCCAAAACGUGCACCACCUGCCGGUGGUGGUGGAAGACAGCGGCUACCCCGCCCAGAGCAGCACGGCCACCCUGACCAUCCGCGUGUGCGCCUGCGAGCCCGACGGCUCCCUCCUCUCCUGCACGGCCGAGGCCGUCUUCCUCCCCAUGGGUCUGAGCACGGGGGCGGUGAUGGCCGUCCUCCUCUGCAUGGUCAUACUGCUGGUGAUGGCGGUUCUCUAUGGCAGCUUGAGGCAACACAAGGAACGGGAGACUCUGAUGUCAUCAAAAGAGGACAUCCGCGACAACGUGAUCCACUACGACGACGAAGGGGGCGGGGAGGAGGACACGCACGCCUUUGACAUGGGCACACUACGCAACACACACGUCGCCAAGGACAACGGCCUCCCGACCUUUUGUCGCCUUGACACCAGACCCGGAGGAGCAGACGAGGCCGAGGGUCCGAGUCACGGCGACAAGCUUGCCAACGGAGCCCCGCCUACUGGAAGCAGCGGCAACGCCGACAUGGUCAGGGACUACAUCGAACAACGCCUCGAGCAGACACACCUGGGUUACUCUGCCCCGCCUUACGAUUCGCUGGCCACGUAUGCGUAUGAGGGGGAGGGCUCAACAGCAGAGUCACUGAGUUCCAUUGAGUCGAUGGCGGCAGACGAUGGAGAUCACUUCAAAUCCCUGAAUGACUUUGGGCCGCCCUUCAAGGAUCUGGCUGGAAUCCUGGACAAACUGGACCCUCACACAGACCCGGAGCAGAGCUGAACAACUAGGAGUGUGUUUGUGUGUGUGUAUGUGUAGGUAUACAGUGUGUGUGUGAGUGUGUAGGUGUGAAUGUG